AUGAGUUCAACAGCAAACGGCACACGCCCUUCAUGGGCCUCCAAGACUGCAUUCGAUGGCCUGGGUGUCGAGUCGGGCGAAGAGAGCGAGGAGGAGGUCCUCGAAGCGCACUCGCCUCUGGCACCAGAUAGCCCGACGUUCAGCGGGUCAGAAUCUGCCUCAAAGCCUUCCAAAUCCGCCAUCAAGAAAGCGAAGGAGCAGGCGAGGCUCCAGCGCAAAGCGGCCGCGCGCGCAGCGUCAAAGGCACGAGCCACGUCCAAGUCGCCCGCGUCCGUGCUUGCGGAGGAGCUAGGAGGUGACACAUCUGAAGAGGCCCCAGAGAUUGUCCCCCGGUCGGCACCAUCGCUCAAGGCUCGUUUGGAAGGCAAAGCUACACCAGCUGAGGCUUCGGAACGACUAACUGUACCAAGCCAUGCAGAGUCGGCCCCGCCCAAACGAGCAAACGGAGACGCCGGUGUCGUACACGAGGAAGUAUCUCCACCCGAGGAGACCACCUUCGUGUCCAGCGAUAAGUCCGAGCCACCGACUGUGACGGAACCACCGCCCGGUUCUGCUGCGCCGGUACUUGACAGCAAGUUGUCCCCGCCGGAGCCGGAGACGAAACCACAAGAGAAAUCACCAGCGGCAAGUGACAGCAAGCCUGCCAACGGACACGCGGGAGGUGCUGUGCAACAAGAGAGUGUCCAAGAUGGCGAGAAGGCGAAGAAACGACAGAGUUUCUUGACACGAACGCUAUGGACAUUCAUAAUGAUUGGAGGCUUCUUGACACUAUUGCUCAUGGGCCAUGCAUACAUGAUCCUGCUCGUCAUGCUGUGCCAGACCCUAGUCUACCGGGAGGUGACAUCAUUAUUCUCGUUGAAGAGGAAAGACGCGGACGAAGGCCGAGGGCGGGACCCAUGGAGCAAGACGCUCAACUGGUAUUUCUUCGUGAUCACCAAUUACUUCCUCUAUGGCGAGAGCAUCAUCUACUAUUUCAAGCAUGUCGUAUUCGCGGACGCGCAGUUCACCAUUUUCGCGACCAACCACCGAAUGAUCAGCUUCUCGCUCUACACCCUCGGCUUCGUCGGCUUCGUCAUGUCGCUCAAGCGUGGCUACCUCAAGCAGCAAUUCGGGCUCUUCUGCUGGGUACACAUGACACUCAUGAUGAUCGUCGUCUCGAGCCACUUCAUCGUGGACAACAUCCUCGAGGGCAUGAUCUGGUUCUGGGUGCCUGCCUCGCUCGUCAUCUGCAACGACGUCUUCGCCUACAUUUGGGGCAUUACGGUCGGGCGCACGCCGCUGAUCAAGCUAUCCCCGAAGAAGACCGUCGAGGGCUUCGUGGGCGCGUUCUUCAGCACGGUCGUGUUCGGCGUGGCGUGGGGAACGUACUUCAUGCGCUUCGACUACAUGAUCUGCCCGGUACACGACUUGGGCGUGAGCGCGUUUGAUAACCUGGGCUGCGACCCUAACCCGGUAUUCGUGUGGAGGGAGUGGGUGAUCCCGACGCCUGCGCGGGCCUUGCUGUCGACUGCGACUGGUCAUGAAUUCGCGACUGUCGCGUACGCGCCAUACCAGUUCCAUGUCUUGGUGCUCGCAUGCUUCGCCUCGCUCGUCGCGCCCUUCGGCGGGUUCUUCGCCUCCGGCUUCAAGCGCGCCUUCAACAUCAAGGACUUCGGCCACAGCAUCCCCGGGCACGGCGGCAUGACGGACCGCAUGGACUGCCAGUUCCUCAUGGGCGUCUUCACCUACGUCUACUACAGCAGCCUCAUCCGUCAGCACCACGUCUCCGUCGGCUCGAUACUGCAGAUGAUCGUCAGCGGGUUGACGCCGGGGCAACAGCUCGAGCUCAUGGCCGACCUGAAGCGGUAUAUUGAGGGCCAGGGAAUCGCUGUCAACAUCUGA